AGGGCAAGAAUCAGGAGACUCAGCGAGACCACCCCAUCACCACUGGUGGGAGAUUUGACAAUUGGGGGUGCUUAACCAGGAGUAUAUAUUGUCAGUCCAACACCUCCACCAUCAGUCACCUCUCUGACUUUACCAAUACCAAGUGUUAACCUCAGAAUAGCUCCGGUAAUUUCACGUCGACUAGCGCAACUGUAAACGAUCAUGAAGAGGUGGUUGCUGUGGAUGGCCUGGCUGGCCAUCGUCGAUGUUUCAACGGCGCAGGAUGGAUAUAAUUAUCCGGUGCCGAGCAAUCCGUUGAUUCCGGGAACGUCUCCGAAACCCCCAGGAGGAUUUCCGGGGACAGGAGGAGAUGAGUAUCCUUCGGGGGGUUUUCCGGGGCCAACACCUACGCCUACGUCACCAGGGAGACAGCCUGGAUUUCCCACCGGCGGCUCAGGAGGUUAUCCUAGUGGGAGACCUGGUGGACGACCUGGCGGACGGCCUGGUCAGCCUGAUCAAGGAUACCCCAGUGGACGGCCUGGCCAGCCUGAUCAAGGAUACCCUAGCGGGCGGCCUGGUCAGCCUGAUCAGGGAUAUCCUAGUGGUCGACCGGGUCAACCGGAUCAGGGAUAUCCGAGUGGAAGACCUGGUGGACGCCCUGGUCAACCUGAUCAGGGAUAUCCUAGUGGAAGACCGGGUCAACCGGAUCAGGGAUACCCUAGUGGAAGACCAGGCGGACGUCCAGGUCAGCCUGAUCAAGGAUACCCUAGCGGACGGCCUGGUCAACCUGAUCAGGGAUAUCCUAGUGGACGACCUGGCCAGCCUGAUCAAGGAUACCCGAGUGGAAGACCCGGAGGACGUCCGGGUCAGCCCGAUCAGGGAUAUCCGAGUGGACGACCUGGUCAACCUGAUCAAGGAUACCCCACGGGACGACCAGGAGGGCGUCCUGGGCAGCCCGGCGGUCAACCCGAAGGAUACCCCCGUGACAGACCUUCCAUUCCCUUCCCGGGUGAUCGCCCAGGACAGCCUCAACAGCCGGGUUACCCCGGUCAACAACCACAAGGACCGAAUGGACGUGAACCCGAUGGUUUCCCACGCGACAGACCAGAUCAAAGACCUGGAUUUCCUCCGGGUUCAAACAGACCCAAACCAACGACUCAGCCUGGAGGUUCCGAUGGAUAUCCACGGGAUAAACCAUCAGGUCAAUUCCCAGGUGAUCGACCAGGGCAGGGACAGCAGCCAGGUUUACCACGUCCCCUGGGUCCUGGUACGCAGCCAGGUCAGAGACCAGGCGGUCAAACUCCGGGUUAUCCUCGCGAUAGGCCAUCGGUGCCCUUCCCCGGGGGAGACAGACCUGAUCAACCUCAACAACCAGGCUAUCCAGAUACUUCUCAGAGGCCAGGUACUUUCCCAGGAAAAAAACCUCCCUUCCAGCCAGGAACAAAGCAGCCCCCUCCGACAUCGUUCGACGAUUUUCCACGGGAUAAGCCAGGUCAGGGCCAACAACCGGGCGUUCCCGGAGGACAGAAGCCUGGAUUUCCUGGAUACGAUAGUGGCAGGCCCGGUCAGGGGAAGCCCACCUUCCCUGGAAAUGAUAUUGUUCCUCCUGGGCAAGAUCGACCCGGAUUUCCCGGUAGCCAACAGCCAGGUUAUCCAGGUGGUGAGCCAGGACAGAGACCGACCUUCCCUGGCGAUGAUAUCCUUCCUCCACCAGGGCAAAGACCAGGUUUCCCAGGUGGACAACAACCAGGUUUCCCAGGUGGACAACAACCAGGUUUUCCCGGCGGACAACGACCAGGUUUCCCAGGUGGACAGCAGCCAGGUUUCCCAGGUGGACAGCAGCCAGGUUUCCCAGGUGGACAGCAGCCAGGUUUCCCAGGUGGACAACCAGGUGACGGUAACGAUGGUGAUGAUGGCUCUUACGACGACGGCGAUUACUCUGCUAUACCCGGUGAGCCAGGUCGCGAUUAUCCAAUCUACUCUGAAGUCCCUGAAACCGGCUUCAGUUGUGACGCCCAACAGUUCCCGGGGUAUUACGCCGACGUCGAGACUCAGUGUCAAGUAUUCCACGUCUGUGCAAACAAUAAAACCUACGACUUCCUCUGCCCCAAUGGAACUAUCUUCCACCAGGAGUACUUCGUUUGCGUGUGGUGGAAUCAGUUUGAUUGUAACUCGGCUCCCAGCUUGUACUAUCUGAACGAGAACUUGUACGAUUAUUCAAUUGUUGGAACGCCAUCGCCCCAGGGGCCGUUUGGACCACAGGGUCCUGGAUUCCCAGGGCAGGGACCAUCUGGCCCAGGCUUCCCAGGACAAGGACCAAGCCCGUCACCAGGCUACCCAGCUCAACCUCAAGGACCAUCUGGACCAGGUUUCCCAGCUCAAAGGCCGUCUGGCCCCGGAUACCCAGGGCCACAAGGACCGGACGGUUAUCCUGGACAAAGACCGUCUGGACCAGGGUUCCCGGGACAAGGGCCACAAGGACCUUCGGGACCUAGUUUCCCAGGACAGCCGCAACAGCCUUCCGGGCCAGGAUAUCCAGGACCAAGUUCACCAUCGGGACCAGGCUACCCUGGAGGAGUAUCCCGGCCAGGUUACCCAGGCCCCGGUCCUCAAGGCCCCUCAGGCCCAGGUUACCCAGGCCCCGGUCCUCAAGGACCUUCAUCGCCAGGUUAUCCAGGUCAGCGACCAUCAGGCCCUCAAGAGCCAUCUGGCCCUCAAGGCCCAUCCGGCCCAGGUUACCCGAACCAAUCGCCAUCAGGCCCAGGUUCUCGGCCGCAGCGUCCAGGAGGCCCCACAUACCUAACCCCCCUGCCCCCCACUGACGGUUUCCCGAGCCGUCCCCCUUCACCGCCAACCUCCGGCCGGCCGGGUUAUCCCUCCCCAACGGGCCCCUCGACCCCGCAGUACCCCACCGCCCAGCCGGGCAGGCCCACCCAACCCGGACAAAAUGGCUAUCCAACCCCAGGUAGACCGCAGACCCCCGGCACCUCGCCGGAGUACCCCAGCGGUCGGCCCUCUCCUCCCACCUCAAACAUUCCAUUCCCACCCGUAGGACCAUCGAAACCAGACCGCGAAUACCUUCCACCCCUGGCGGGCUAAGCCAAAUCAUCGCCAGUAAAGGGAUGAAGGAAAAAAAAUCCAUGUCAACCAGCCAUCAGCAUACCCACCUGUUGGCGCUGGACCUUGAUAAUAAAAAGGACCUCUGAUGUGGACGAGGUGAUGCAGCCCAACAGAAUCUAAAUCAUCGUCAAUCCUGACAAUCCGAAUAAAUUUUAUUAAAUUUUUUACAUCUUCUUUUUUUUAAUGAAUUGUCCAUAAGAGGAGGAUUCCACCGAUGUGAUGAUUCUCCUCAUGUAUUAAUUAACAAGACCGUAUUUAUUUAUUCCGCUUUUCUAGAAUUUAGAGAAAAGACAAAAAAAUGAUAUUCCCGUAGAGUUACCAUAAAUAGUUGGGAAGAUCAGGAUGUGUAUCGAUGACUCGUAAACGACGUAUUCACGGGGUGAAAGUGAAUGCUGGUGUCUUCCAUAAUCCAAGAUCGUAAUCCCGUAGUUAGCUGUAUACGUCACACUGAUAUACGAUAUGCAACUUGUUCCCGCUGAACAAUAUCAUCUGCGGUUAGGCAAUACAUUAGGCAUGACGUAAUUUUAAUGAUAAUUAUAAAAUUAUAUGAUGAUUGAAAAAUAAUGAAAAGAACACAAGCGUUUUUUUUUGUAACAAUGGUUUUGAGACACCUAUUCGUGGGAUGCCAUUAUGUAUGUUAUUUUAUACGUGAAAUAAAACUAUGAAAGACAUCUUUGCAA